ACCCAAAAGCCUUCUGAAAUUGCUGCUUUCUGCUUAAUUCGGUUUCCUUCGAGUUACCGACGGAGGAAUCCAAGUGAUUAUAAAGGAAAAGAAUGUCAUUUCCGUUUCCAUUGUGAACUUGUAAUUCCAUCGAUUCCACGAAAGUCCGUAUUGAUUCCCUUUUUUUUUUUUCUGAAGUUUGCUCUGCAACGCGAAGGAUCUGAACUUCGGCCUCAAACUUCGAAUAGCUAUGCUAAGUAGGAGUUUCAAGGCCGCCAAAUGCAAAACUGCGUUGAAGCUUGCGGUGUCGCGCAUAAAGCUGUUGAAGAAUAAGAGGGAAGCGCAGGUGAAGCAGCUGAAGAGGGCAGUAGCUAAAUUGCUCCAGUCAGGGCAGGACCGGACUGCCAGAAUUCGGGUUGAGCAUGUUGUCAGGGAGGACAAGACAACAUCUGCAUAUGAACUGAUUGAGAUAUACUGCGAGCUUAUUGUGGCACGCCUAUCAAUCAUUGACUCGCAAAAAAACUGUCCCAUUGAUAUGAAGGAAGCAAUUUCAAGUGUAAUAUUUGCAUCUCCAAGAUGUGGAGACAUUCCCGAGCUCAUGGAUGUCCGCAAGCAUUUUACAGCUAAAUAUGGGAAAGAAUUUGUUUCUGCUGCUAUUGAAUUACGACCAGAGUGUGGUGUAAGCCGAAUGUUGGUUGAGAAAUUAUCUGCCAAAACACCUGAUGGCCAGACAAAGAUCAAAAUUUUGAGAGGCAUUGCUGAGGAACAUAACGUUAAGUGGGAUCCUAACUCAUUAGAAGAGCAAGAUACAAGGCAUCCUGAGGAUUUGCUGAAUGGACCAAACACUUUUGAGAAGGCCAGUAAAAUAUUUUUGGAGCCUCGUGUCCAAGCUUCACCAAGUCGUGAUGACAAGGGACCUCCAAAUGUUCAUGUUCCUCCUAAACAUGAUGCAUCUGGAAAUUUCUACGAGCAACAUGCAAGAUAUUCACCUACCUCCCAAAAUGUUAAUUCUGCAGAUGGUGGUGCCAAAAGAGUGACAACAUUUGGUACAUUUCAUUCAGAUGUGGGAACUCCAGGAAAUGAAAGUGAAGAGAGAGAGUCCACGCAUUCGUAUUCUGGGUAUGGGAAUGCUUUUUCUCUGGGUGGGAAGAAUUGGAAUAUGGAAUUUAAGGACGCUACAGCUGCUGCACAGGCAGCUGCUGCAUCUGCAGAGCUUGCAAGCAUGGCUGCCAGAGCAGCUGCAGAGCUUUCAAGCCGUGAAAAGGUCACUAGGCAAUAUUCUAUGGAAUCACCGAAGUCCUCUGCUUGUGCGCUAAGUGGUAGAGAGUCGCAAAAAUAUGCCAGAUCACAAUUGCGAGGUGAACAUCUUACCAAACAUCCGGUUAAUAAUGCCUUUCCUGGAAGAAAUUCUUGGAUGCAUGAAGAUCAAAUUGAUCGCACUGAGCAAGAUAUCCUGGCAGGAGAAACUGAAAAUUUUUACAGGAAUAAUCAUAAGAACACUGAUAAAUCUACCCGGUCAGCUUCCUUGAAGUCAACUACAGCUUCCAUUGAUAAUGGUCCAUUGGUUAGUGGUUCCCAAAAGACAGAUAGAUAUCCUCAAAGGAAUUCAUCUGAUCUAAAGAACAGUGAUUCUAUAGGUGGGGAGAGUACGAAGAGACGAUCCAACAACAAUGAGGCAAAAUUUGUUAGCAAAAUGAAUGAUAAUAUGGAAUAUGAGAACAUUGAUUAUAGUGGAGAUGCAGGUAUCAGAAGACAAUCCAGCAGAGUUUCCUCUCAUUCUCAUUCAAGCACUUUCAUUGAUGAUCAGAAUGAUAUCUUGAAUUUGAACCGCCAGAACCUAGGGCACGAUGCUGGUCGGGAACCUUUUGCUAUUGAUCAAGGAAGCAUCCACAGCGACCAUGAGGAGACUUCUUAUGACAAGGAUUCUAUAGUUUUUGAUGAAUAUUGUUCAGAUACUGAUGACUAUAAAUUCAAUGUAGACAAAGUGUUCAAGGGACAAGAAUCUAGUUUGCAUUUUUCUUCUCCAGGUAGAGAAUCAUCUGAAAAUCUCUUAGGAAAGAGAAAUGCUUUGAGCGCCAGGAAAAACAUUGAUGAGUUAUUUGGAAAGUCCCAUUCCCCAUCACAUUCUUUCGGCAAGCAACAUUCUUCUCUUCUAUUUUCUGAAAGUUCUGUGGCUCCUGCACAACCACAUGACCUGUCACACAUGACUUGUGACUAUUCAGAUGGUGAAAGUUCGGGUGGUGGAGAGGAUCUGGAGAAAUCCAAGUUUGUUGGGAGUAAGAAGGGUGGUAUGUAUCCUCGUGAACAGAAUGUUUACUCCAGUAAUUCAGAGUUGUACAAGAUUGCAAGUCAGGGGUUAAAAGUAUCAUCUACACAGAGAGAAAAUUUAGCGUAUAAGAGAAAACCACGGUUGCCACCCUCUUCAAUUGAUUCAGAUCACAUGGAAGUAGGUCUUGAAACAAACCAAGGAAAAGAAUUUUGUGGUAUCUAUGAUAGAAAGUUCGGUUAUAGUGACCUGCCAUCUCCAAAACUUGAGAAAUCUGGAUCAGAUUUGAGAACCAAGGACAAGGAGCACGUGCCAGGGUUACCAGAUACAUGGAAGGAUGACGAACUUCUGAAAGGGUCUAGUUCAGAUAGUGGUAGUGGGUUGAACCUUGGAAAGUUGACAGGCGGCCUUCGAAAUAAGGGUUUCAGGCAUCCACCUUAUACUACAAAUACAUCAGGAAAUGCAUCAUCAUUCACAAAACUAUCAGGCAAUACUUCUUCCAUGAUUGAUCAAUCCUCUCCUUCUGUAACUGUCCGGACUUCAAUCAGUCCUAAUGUUCACAAUCGUGAGCCACGCAAUCAGAAUGUGGCUCUAAAACACAGUAAAGAACCAAGUUCAAGAGCUCUGGUCUCAUCUUCUGAUUCUGAUGAGGAUUCUGAGCAUGCCUUAAAACAGAAUAUUAGCAGCAAUCAAGAGCCAUACAAUCAGAAAGUAGGCAGGGAAGUAAAUAAACAUUCAAGCUCAAGGGUCUCAACUAGAUAUUUUAAUGCAGAUACUAGUGAUUCUGAGGGAGAUCAUCCUAAACAGGAUUUCACUUGUAAUGCUCGCACAAUUACUGGGUUUUCUCAGAGGACAAAAGCUGCUGCUUCAAGUACCAGUAGGAGUUCUUAUUCGAAGGCUACAGAUAGCUCCGCGGUGUCAUUGACUCCUGACCAUGCAGCAGGAAGGAAAUCCUCUUCAAGGAUAUCCUAUGCCACGGAAGAUCUACCAAAGUCCUUGUCUCAGACCAAGAGUUCAGGUCACUUGGGAAAUUCUGAGCAGCGUCCGCCAGCAGUGCAGGCAACUUCUAAGCCAAUGCUAGAAUUUGAGAGGUCCCGAAUGGGGACAGUUUAAAGUCAUCCACAAGGAAACAUUCUUCUGGUUCUUUUCCAAGGAUACCAACAUCAGGUAGCACUGAGAUUCCGAAGUCUGCAAGUUCAAAUGCAGAUCAGAUUCCAUCUAAGGAAAAG